AUGACGAUCCAAGAGAAGCUGAAGUUAGCAGAUUUCAACCAGUGCCAAGUUCCCAUGGAGCCGAGAAUGAAGCUGAGAAAGACGGAUGCAAGCCCGUCAGUUGACACUUUCAUGUAUAGAAGUGUCGUCGGGAGUCUACGGUACCUAGUAAAUACCAGGCCAGAUCUUGCAUACUUUGUUGGGGUGGUGAGUAGAUACAUGGAAGCUCCAACUACAACUCAUAUGGCAGUAGUGAAACAAAUACUGCGUUAUGUGCGAGGUACCAUCAAUCAUGGUUGCGUCUAUGGAAUAAGGAAGGAGUCAGAAACAUGGUUGAUAAGGUAUAGUGAUAGUGAUCUCGCUGGAGAUGUUGACGACUGCAAGAGCACCACGGGAGUCAUAUACUUUCUUGGUGCAAGCCCAAUCAUUUGGGUGUCGCGAAAACAAAGAGUGGUGGCGUUAUCCUCUUGUGAAACGGAGUAUGUAGCUACCAGGCAGCUGCUUGCCAAGGAGUUUGGUUGGGUCGCCUGA